AUGGCUGUGGAUCAAUCUACCCAACCCAUGGUGAUGGCUGUGGAUCAAUCUACCCAACCCAUGGUGAUGGUUGUGGAUCAAUCUACCCAACCCAUGGUGAUGGUUGUGGAUCAAUCUACCCAACCCAUGGUGAUGGCUGUGGAUCAAUCUACCCAACCCAUGGUGAUGGUUGUGGAUCAAUCUACCCAACCCAUGGUGAUGGCUGUGGAUCAAUCUACCCAACCCAUGGUGAUGGUUGUUGAUCAAUCUACCCAACCCAUAGUGAUGGCUGUGGAUCAAUCUACCCAACCCAUGGUGAUGGUUGUGGAUCAAUCUACCCAACCCAUGGUGAUGGUUGUGGAUCAAUCUACCCAACCCAUAGUGAUGGCUGUGGAUCAAUCUACCCAACCCAUGGUGAUGGUUGUGGAUCAAUCUACCCAACCCAUGGUGAUGGUUGUGGAUCAAUCUACCCAACCCAUAGUGAUGGCUGUGGAUCAAUCUACCCAACCCAUGGUGAUGGUUGUGGAUCAAUCUACCCAACCCAUGGUGAUGGCUUUGGAUCAAUCUACCCAACCCAUGGUGAUGGUUGUGGAUCAAUCUACCCAACCCAUAGUAAUGGCUGUGGAUCAAUCUACCCAGCCCAUGGUGAUGGUUGUGGAUCAAUCUACCCAACCCAUGGUGAUGGUUGUGGAUCAAUCUACCCAACCCAUAGUGAUGGCUGUGGAUCAAUCUACCCAACCCAUGGUGAUGGCUGUGGAUCAAUCUACCCAACCCAUGGUGAUGGCUGUGGAUCAAUCUACCCAACCCAAGGUGAUGGUUGUGGGACUAUCCACCCAACCCAAGGUGAUGGUUGUGGGACUAUCCACCCAACCCAAGGUGAUGGUUGUGGGACUAUCCUCCCAACCCAAGGUGAUGGUUGUGGGACUAUCCACCCAACCCAAGGUGAUGGUUGUGGGACUAUCCUCCCAACCCAAGGUGAUGGUUGUGGGACUAUCCACCCAACCCAAGGUGAUGGUUGUGGGACUAUACAAUCCACCAGCCAGAAACCAUAGUUGA